AUGGCAGAUUCUCAACCAACACUAAACAGCCUUGCGGCAAAGAUUACGGAACUCUCGGAGACGUUUACGCGCUACUUAAAGGAUAAUAAUAUCCAACAGCCGACCUUUGCGGCCGAUAGUCCAACCAGUUACAGUGGCUUGUCGCCCGAAAUAUUCGUAACUCGUCAAUUGUUAGCGGAUGCUCUAUCAGAUCUAUGGUAUCUCUCACAGGGUCCGAGUGAGAGUAUUUAUAAUUAUGUCCAUAGCUGCAUACCCGAUGCUGCAGCACUCAAUAUCUUGAACCAUUUCGACUUCUGGUCGGCCGUCCCCCUCGACGGUACCGCCUCGUACCCUGAAAUUGCCCAGCGCGUUUCUCUUCCCGAGGAUGUCGUUCGACGGAUUCUACGGCAUGCUGUGACUCUCCGCAUUUUCGAAGAAACGGAUCCUGGUAAAUCCUCGUCGAAUAUUCGUCAUACUUCUCGGUCGGCAGCAUUAGCACGGGAUGCGGGAUUAAAGGCACUUGUAUCCUCAGUCCUAGACGUCGCAAGUGCACCGAUGAUGAUCAUGCCUGAAGCAUUGAGAAAAUAUAGCCGUGGAAAGCCGGCUUUAACCCAGGAUAUGGAGGAAACAUCAUUUGCCUUACUAUAUAGCGGAGGGAAACUUGGAAAGCAUAAAACUUCUUGGGAUCUGCUUGAGAAUGAUGGCGAAGGGGAGAAUAAGGGCUGGCGGCAGAAAGAAUUUGUCUCAUUCAUGGCCUACAUAAAAGGGCUCUUCCAUCUUGAAGGAGUCUUGCUCGAUGCUUAUGAUUGGAAAGCCGUAGGAAAGGCAUCAGUGGUUGAUGUCGGGGGCUCUGCUGGUCAUGAUGCCUUCGCGCUGGCACAAAAAUUUCCUGAACUCACUAUUACAGUGCAGGACUUACCGCAAGUGCAGACGGUAUUCGAGGCCAAUGUUCCUGAAGACUUGAAAGACCGUGUAUCGUUCGUAGCACAUGACUUCUUCCAACCGCAACCUGUCCAGGCAGACAUCUAUAUAAUCAAGCUGAUCCUCCACGACUGGCCGGAUCACGAGGCAGUCAAGAUGUUACGAGCUAUGAUUCCUGCCUUAAAGCCGGGCGCUCGUUUGGUUCUCAUCGAGUAUAUUGGUAACCAGGGCGAGACCGAAGAACCAGCCUUGGCACGUUCGAUCCAAAACAUGGGCACGGCUUCCGAUCUAAGAAUAAUGGCACUAUUCAAUGCAAGAGAGCGUCCUGUUGACGCAUGGGCUAAGAUUUUCCGCGAUGCUGAUGAGCGAUUUGAGCUGGCUCAUGUCAACGCUAAUCCUUUGACCUUUAUUUCUGUGGUCGAGUUUGUGUGGCGUGGAUAA